UUAUCCCAAGCAUAUGCAAUUAGUGCUGGAGUCUCUGUGGAGGGCCAACAGCUAUUCCAGACUAUACAUAAAACCAUCAAAGACUGCAAAUGGCAGGAGAAGAACAUCAUGGUGAUGGACGAUGUGGUCAUAUCCCCACCUUACCAAGUGGAGAACUGCAAAGGCAAAGAGGGUAGCGCUUUAAGUCACGUACGCAAAAUAGUGGAGAAACAUUUUAGAGAUGUGGAGAGCCAGAAGUCGGUGCAACGGCCACAAGCACAGCAAACACAGAAAGACUCCACUUUAUCAUCUUGAGCCGGAGGUUCAGUCCGGAUAGGGGGUGUGGGAGGGGGAAUUGGUUGGGGGAGGUCACAACGGCAAAGGCAGUUUUGGUUUGUUCUUUUCUCUUCCCCUCCCUUCAACAUCAGACCAAGGCCAGUGUUCCCCUGCCCCCCCACCUCCAUCAGAGGUGUCCAACAUU